AUGGUCGACCAAACUUUCCGGUCUGAAGAACAAUGGCUGGCUCAGGUGGCAGCGAUGCGGCAGGCCAUCGCCGACUUGAAGUUGCCGUCCCUCAACGAUGCGUCGCAAAUGUAUGGGGCAGAUCUUGACUUGGACGAAGACUUGAGCGAAGACGUUGAUGACGACAUCUGGGAUACUGAAAGUGUGGCCGAUGAGAGCCCUUUUACCGACGACGUCGACGACACGGUAAAUGGAUUCAAAACUCCCGACGUGGGAACCAACGGUGUUUUUGACCGGACGUGGCUUCGUUCAAAAUGUGCUGCCUGGGCUCGCUCGAAGUCUGGCAUCGAUCCCACCGAGAUCGAACACCAAAUCACUGCUCUGUUAGCGUCAGACAGUUCGGACGAGGAAUUGCAGAUGUCGCUUGCCGAUAUCGUUGGAUUUGAUGAUCUUGACUUUGUCAUUGAACUCAUCUCCCACCGCAAAGAAGUUGUGUCUUCUCAAACUGCAACCACUCGUCAGACUGAUGGACUCUUUGGUACGCUGGAGACUCGUGAGGAACGAGCAGCGACUCUCAGACGACAGGACUACGAGCACAAACAUGCUGCCCUGGCUCCAGCCUUUGAUCGAUCUGGGCCGAAAUAUCCGCAUGUCUAUAAGUCAGAUAUUGCCGCUACGGGCAAUAUGUUGGAUGUGGCAGGCAGAAAGUACGCUCUCCCUGUCGGCAGUACCCGACACGACUACCCGAAAUAUGAAGAGUAUUCAAUCCCGGCCUCCAAGGUAGGCUCUCUUGCUGCAGGCCAGAAACUGGUCAAUAUCUCCGACAUGGACGGUCUGUGCCAGCGCACUUUCAAGGGCUACAAGAGCCUGAAUCGAAUGCAGAGCCUACUUUAUCCAGUGGCGUACACUACCGCGGAGAACAUGUUAAUUUGUGCUCCCACCGGUGCUGGUAAGACUGAUGCUGCUAUGCUCACAAUCCUGCAUGCGAUUUCGAAAAAUGUCCUACCAAAUCCAAUCGAAGAGCCAGCCGCCACGGAAUUUAUCGUGAUGGCAGACGAUUUCAAAAUCGUCUACGUUGCACCCAUGAAAGCUCUAGCUGCCGAGGUCACAGAAAAGCUGGGCAAGCGAUUGGCAUGGCUGGGCAUCCAAGUGAGAGAAUUGACCGGUGAUAUGCAGUUGACCAAGAAGGAAAUCGCAGCGACCCAAAUCAUCGUGACUACACCGGAGAAGUGGGAUGUUGUCACUCGCAAGAGCACUGGAGACACCGAGCUAGUCCAGAAAGUCCGGCUUCUCAUCAUCGACGAAGUCCACAUGCUCCACGACGAGCGGGGUGCUGUUAUCGAGUCCUUGGUCGCCAGGACAGAACGGCAGGUGGAAAGCACCCAGUCACUAAUUCGUAUUGUCGGACUGUCUGCGACUCUACCAAAUUACAUCGAUGUUGCGGACUUUCUAAAAGUGAAUCGCAUGACUGGUCUGUUUUACUUUGACGCUUCUUUUCGUCCCGUCCCACUCGAACAACACUUCAUUGGUGUUAAAGGAAAGGGAAACAAGGUUCAGCGCGAGAAUCUUGAUGAAGUCACCUUCCAGAAGGUCAAAGAGCUUUUAAAGCAGGACAAGCAAGUCAUGGUCUUUGUUCACUCCAGGAAAGACACAGUCUUGGCUGCCCGCACUCUCUACCAAAUGGCUGUUGAGGAUGGGUGCGCCGAGCUGUUUGUCCCAGACCUCGACAAUCCUGCCUUUGUAAGAGCAAUGGCAGAUUUGAAAACCACUCGAGGCCGUGAACUGCGAGAAAUUGUUCCCAAGGGAUUCGGGUGCCAUAACGCUGGCAUGGCGCGAUCAGACAGAAACUUCGUUGAACGAAUUUUCUCCGAUGGUGCUGUCAAAGUCCUUUGCUGUACGGCAACCCUUGCAUGGGGUGUCAACUUGCCCGCCGCCGCCGUUGUGAUAAAGGGGACGCAGCUUUACAGUUCUGAAGCCGGUAAAUUUGUCGAUCUUGGAAUACUUGACGUCCUUCAAAUUUUUGGACGUGCUGGUCGUCCUCAGUUUCAAGACAGCGGUAUUGGAUACAUUUGUACCACUUACGACAAAUUGCAACAUUAUCUAUCCGCCGUCACCCAGCAACAACCGAUUGAAUCCAAGUUCUCGCAAAAGCUGGUCGACAACCUCAACGCCGAGAUCAGUUUGGGUACAGUAACUACAGUACAAGAGGCGGUGACCUGGCUAGGCUACACCUAUUUGUUCAUUCGCAUGCGGCGGAACCCGCAGGCAUACGGCAUAGAUUGGGACGAGUAUCAAGACGACCCUCAACUGGGCCAAAGACGGCGUAAACUAAUUAUCGACGCUGCUAGAACGCUGCACCGCAGCCAAAUGAUCAUCUUCAGUGAGCGGACGGACGAGCUUCGCGCAAAAGAUGUUGGUCGCAUUGCCAGCCAAUACUACGUCCUUCAGAGCAGUAUCGAAAUAUUCAAUACCAUGAUGCGGCCACAUGCAAGCGAGGCAGAUGUUCUGAAGAUGAUCAGCAUGAGCGGCGAAUUCGACAACAUCCAGUCCCGAGACAAUGAAGCGCUGGAACUGCAGCGACUACGCCAGGAAGCUGUCGUAUGUGAGAUCGAGGAUCGCAAGAAUGGUCCGAAGAGCUCUGCAGAAGAGAAAGAGCAGAAGGUCAUUGAGAACCAUGCAAAGACCAAUAUCCUACUCCAGUCAUACAUAUCCAGAGCCAAACUGGAAGAUUUUGCCUUGGUCUCAGACCUGGCAUACGUCGCACAGAACUCGGCUCGGAUCUGUCGGGCUUUGUUCAUGAUCGCCCUGAAUCGUGGCUGGGGUUAUCAGUGUCAGGUACUACUAUCCAUGUGUAAGGCCAUUGAGAAGCAAAUAUGGCCUUUUCAGCAUCCAUUUCACCAAUUUGAUCUUCCUAUGCCAGUUUUGAAGAACCUGGAUGACAAGGCACCUUCAUCGAACAUUGAAAGCCUGCGAGAAAUGGAGCCAGCUGAAAUUGGAAGUCUUGUGCACAACCACAAAAUGGGGACGACUUUGACGAAGUUGCUCGACAACUUCCCAACGAUGUCUGUCGAGGCGGAGACUGCACCUCUUAACAGAGAUGUUCUCCGUAUGAGGUUGUAUCUCUACCCGGAGUUUGUCUGGAACGAUCGCCACCACGGCACUUCUGAAGCAUACUGGGUUUGGGUUGAAAAUUCGGAGACCUCAGAAAUCUACCAUCACGAGUACUUUAUCCUGAGCCGGAAGAAAAUGCACGACAGCCAUGAACUCAAUUUCACAAUCCCCCUGGCUGACCCUUUGCCUUCUCAGAUAUACGUUCGAGUCAUAUCGGAUCGUUGGCUGGGAGCAGAGACCGUCCACCCCGUCUCAUUUCAGCAUCUCAUCCGACCAGACACUGAGAGUGUGUAUACUGAUCUUCUCGACCUAGAACCCCUUCCGAUCACGGCUUUGAAGAACCCGGCGCUAGAAGAGCUCUAUGGCCAACGCUUCCGAUUUUUCAACCCAAUGCAGACUCAGAUUUUCCAUACUUUGUAUCAUACUUCGAACAACGUCCUCUUGGGUUCGCCUACCGGUUCUGGGAAGACUGUUGCCGCAGAGCUAGCUAUGUGGUGGGCAUUCCGUGAGAGGCCAGGAAGUAAAGUCGUAUACAUCGCCCCCAUGAAGGCGCUUGUUCGCGAGAGAGUGCAGGACUGGCGCAGGCGGCUCACCAUACCAAUGGGUUUGAAGUUGGUUGAGUUGACUGGCGACAAUACCCCAGAUACACGGACUAUCCGCGAUGCGGAUAUCAUAAUCACCACGCCCGAGAAGUGGGACGGUAUAUCCCGAUCGUGGCAGACCAGAUCUUAUGUUCGACAAGUGUCUCUCGUGAUUAUCGACGAAAUACACCUGUUGGGCGGUGACCGCGGCCCUAUCCUCGAGAUCAUCGUAUCAAGAAUGAACUACAUCGCGUCUCAAGCGGAAAGCGGAUCCAUUCGUCUGGUGGGCAUGUCGACUGCCUGUGCCAACGCCACCGACCUGGCAAACUGGCUCGGAGUCAAACCUGGAAACAAUCAGGGGCUGUUCAAUUUCCGUCACAGUGUUCGUCCCGUCCCGCUGGAGAUAUUCAUCGACGGCUUUCCCGAGCAGAGGGGAUUCUGCCCCCUGAUGCAAAGCAUGAACCGCCCGACCUACCUGGCCAUCAAAAACCACAGUCCGGACAAGCCUGUCAUUGUCUUCGUGGCAUCGAGAAGACAAACCCGUCUCACGGCAAAAGACCUCAUCAAUUUCUGUGGCAUGGAAGAGAAUCCUCGGAGAUUUCUCCAUUUUGACAAUGAAGAUGAUCUUCAGCAUACACUAUCGGCUGUCAAAGAUGCCGCGCUGAAAGAAGCGUUGAGUUUCGGCAUCGGACUUCAUCACGCCGGGCUGGUCGAGUCUGAUCGAACACUCUCCGAGCAACUUUUCGCCGCGAACAAGAUCCAGAUCCUCGUGGCCACGUCGACGCUUGCUUGGGGUGUCAAUCUGCCUGCUCAUCUGGUUGUCGUCAAGGGUACACAGUUCUUCGAUGCUAAGAUUGAAGGAUACAGAGACAUGGACCUAACCGAUGUUCUCCAGAUGCUAGGCCGAGCAGGACGACCACAAUUCGAUACGUCCGGAAUCGCCCGCAUUUUUACGCAGGCCUCGAAGAAGGCAUUUUACAAGCACUUCCUACACACAGGUUUCCCCGUGGAGAGUUCUCUGCACAAAGUCCUCGAUAACCAUUUGGGCGCCGAGGUCUCUGCUGGUGUCAUUACCACCAAGCAAGACGCGCUCGACUACCUGACCUGGACAUUUUUCUUCCGUCGUCUCCAUAAGAAUCCAACGUAUUAUGGUCUCGAGAUCUCGGCCGAGGAGCACAAGGAAAACCAGCUCACUGCAAGACAAGCUGCUGCCGAUUAUAUGAUCACGUUGGUGGACAAAUCGCUUGACGAUCUCGCGGAAAGUGACUGUGUCUUGGUGCAUAGUAAUGGCGACGUGGAUAGCACUCCAUUCGGCAAAAUCAUGUCGUAUUACUAUCUUAGCCACCUGACGAUUCGCAAGUUUCUGUUGAAGGCGCGCAAAACCACCUCUGCAACUUUCGCGGAUGUUUUGUCGUGGAUAAGCCUGGCUACCGAAUUUGACGAUCUCCCCGUGCGGCAUAAUGAAGACCUUAUCAACGCCGAAUUGGCGAAAAACCUGCCCCUGGACACCGAAGGCCUCAUGGAGAACUUACCAAUGUGGGAUCCUCACGUCAAGGCAUUCCUCCUUAUUCAGGCAUUCAUGGGCCGCAUCGACCUCCCCAUCUCCGAUUACGUCGGUGACCAAACAUCGGUUCUCGAUCAGGGCAUUCGUAUCAUCCAAGCUGGAGUGGACGUCAUGACGGAACUCAACAGGUUUGAUGCUGUCGUGCAAAUGGUCAAACUGCUACAGUGCAUCAAGUCUGCGCGCUGGCCGGAGGAUUAUCCACUCAGCAUUCUUCCCGGUGUAGAUGAAGUGUUUGACGAAAAGCUGGAAGGAAAAGUGCCCAAGGACUUGGUCACAACAGCGGUGCUGUCUUCGCGACAUGGAGUUAAGACUAUUGACGGGUUGAUGAACGUGCUGGGGAUAAAAGCCCAGAAUAGUCGUGGAGCGUUCAUCAAAGCCGUGAAUGCACUUCCAGACCUUGCUUUAUCAGCGACGGGCGAGACGAACAGUUUCCAACUCACUUUAAAACGCAGCAAUCGAUUGCUCGACCACGAAGCCAGAAUCUACGCCCCGAAGUUUCCAAAGCCACAGACCGAGGGGUAUUUUGUACUUGUUUUCCCUCCUGGAUCCGCUUCAAAUGACAAAGGUGUUGAUAUCUUGGCUCUCAAGAGGGCAAAUUGGUCCACUACCAAGCAGGGAACUCAGAGCAGAGCGGUAGGGACUGCAACUGUCAAGCUUAAGAUCCCGACCCCGGCAUUGGAUUUGGGAAGAGGACAAAAGGAGAUCAAAGUCGAUGUUCUCGUCAUGAGCGAUGCAUACCCGGGGAUGGAGUGGCGGCUGGAGAAUGUUGUUGUGCCGAUUUCGCAGGAGGAAAAGAACACAGUAGAGGUGAACGUUGACGAGGGCUUGCUGAAGAAGAAAUAG